AUGAUGUCUGAAAAGGUUACCCAGUUAACUAAUGGGGCAAUUAGAAGCAUAAUAGAAAAUUAUGAUAGUACAACACAAUAUUAUGUUUAAAUUUUAAAAAUUGAAAAUAAUUGUGAUACUAAUGCAAAAUUUGGCACUGUUUCAUAAUGUGUUUGUAGUGAUGGAUUUGCAAAAAUGAAUUUACAUAUCUUAAAUUUAAGUCCAUCUAUUACAUCUAAUAUCUCAAAAUAAAAUCCAAUAAUUCAAAUUUUAGAAUUAAAGAGAAGCAAAUCAUUUUUUUUAGUUACAAAACAUGAAGUUAUAUAUUUAGAUAAGAGUUAAAUUGGAUAACCAAUAGAUUAUGAAGAAUAUAAAAAAUAAGUAUUAAUUUAAAUACAAUAUUUAGAAUUACACAAAUCCAAACGGAGAUAGAGAAAUUUAAUUCGCAAAAGCUCCUUAUAAACUCUAAGUCAAUUCAAAUAAAAAAUAAUCAUCUAUAAAAUAAGAAGAGUUUUAACAAUAAAUCUAAUAAAAUGAAAAUAUCGAUAUUGAUUAAUAAUAAGCUAAAUCUGGAGUUAAAUUAUCAAAUCAAUAAAAAUAAUUAUAAUAUAAGCCUCCUAUUCAAAAAAUUGAAAAUCAAAUUUAUUAACAACCUAAUGAUUAAGAUUUAUUAAAAAUAUCAGAAUUAUAUCCUGGUAUGAGAGGUUUCAAAAUAAAAGGUAGAAUAACUUCUAAAUCUGAUAUAACUCCUUUUAAAAGUGGUAAAGGGAAAUUAUUUUCAAUUGAAAUUAUAGAUGCAGAUAAAUCAACAAUUUAAGGUAUAUUUUUUAAUUAAGCAUGUGAUAAAUUUUUUGAUAAAGUAGAAAUAGGAAAAGUUUAUUAUUUUGAAAAUGGAUAAAUAAAAACAAAUAGAUAUUCAAGCAAAAAUUAAGCUUAGAGUGAUUAUUAAAUACAUUUUGAAGAUUUCUCAAAAAUAAGUGAUGCUAAAGAAGAUAAAGAAAUUGAUAUUUUUCCAUAUUAAAUAAAAAAAAUAGAAGAAAUUGAUUCUUUAUAAGUAGAUGAUAAAUGUGAUGUACUUGGUGUUAUAAUAGAUAUAAAACCUUUAACACAUAUUAUGACUAAGUCAAAUGAAAAUAAAGCUAAAAAGAAUAUAACCUUAUAUGAUUAAUCAGGAAGAGGAAUAGAUGUUGUAAUUUGGGGAACAUAGGCUGAACGAUGGUAGUUUUAAAAAGAUGAUAUUGUAGCAUUUAGAGGAUUAAAAAUAACAGAUUACUAAACAAUUAGAAGUUUAACAGUUACUAAUUAAACUAUAUAUGAAAAAAAAUAAUCUAAUUUAGAAAAAAUUAAUGGAUUUUAAGAAUUUUAUGAAUUUUAUAGUCAAAAUAAAGAUUUUAUUGAAUAAAAACCAAAAGAAUCAAAAAAGAAAUUUGCUUUAUCAUAUAUCGAAUAAAUUAAAAAGGAUUUUGAGGGAACUAGAGAUAAUAAACCUACUAAAUUUUAUGAAAUAAGAGCAUAUCUGACAACAAUUUUUAAUAAACCACUUUUUUAUGAAGGAUGUGAUAUUUGUAAAAGAAAAAUUAAUUUUAUACCAUAAACUAAAUAAUAUCACUGUUAAAAUUGUGAUUAAAAUUUUGAUAAACCUAGUUUUAAAUAUAUUUUUAAUGCCAAAAUUGCAGACACAACUGGAAAUCUAAUUGUUAGUGUUUCUAAUGAAAUUGGAGAGAGAAUAUUAAGUAUUUAAUUAAUUUAUUUUAGAGGUUUCUUGUAACGAUUUCUAAAAAAAGUCUGAUUCAGAAAAAUCUGAUUGUCUUAAAAGAGCAAAUUAUUAAGAAUAUAGGUUUUUAAUUGUAGCUAAAAUGGAAACAUAUAAUGAUGAACGUAGAGCUAGAUAUUAAAUUUCAAGUAUCAUUUAAGAUGAAAUAGUUGAAGAUAAUCAAGAACUUUAUAAAUCUAUAAUGCAAAUUCUAAACACUAAUGAAUGA